AUGGAUAAAUACUAAAUAUCUUCAACAGGACGAUUUUUAUAUGAAAAACAUGAACAGAAUUUCAGAUUAUCAAAAUUUAGUGGUCUUUACUUAUUUCCUGUAAUAAUUAUUUUGAAAAUUGCAUUUUUUAGUAAUUAUAUUACAAUUGUAAGUGUUGUAAUAGCAUCAUAUUUUUAUUAUAGAAACAAGCAUAAAUGGAGAUUUUUGAUCCAAACUAUAUUAUAUAUGGCAUAAUAAAUUGAAACAAAAAAGGAUUGUGUUUAUUCACAUAUUUUUACCUGCAUUAAUAAUUUGAUAUUAGUGCCUUAUUGGCCAAUGCAAGUGAUAUUUUAAAUUGGAAUCAUAAGAUAAUUGAAUCAUAUUUAUAUAUUUUUUUUUUUUGCUGCACUUUUGAGAGCUAUUGAAAUCCUAAAAAGAUUUCUCUAUUCAAAAAUAUGUAGCAUCAACUCUCAUUAAUAAGAACAAGAUAGUAUUUUUCUUAAUCUUCCUCAUCACAUCCUAUAUUUAGAUGAAAAUUUUAAUGAAUUAUUUUCAAAUAAGUCAUUGAAGUUUAAUCAAGAAUAGAAAAAUUUAAUAAAAGAUUAUAUAAAAAGAAAAUAUUAUGGAAUAAUAUAAUUAGAGAAUUAAAAUAAAGAAAGUAUUGAAUAUUAUAUAAAACCAUGGUCAGGAAAUUUUAUUUUAGUUCAAUCAUAUUUCCAAAGUGAAGAAAAUUAUUUUUUUUAAUUGAUGUAUGAAUAAAUAAACAAGUUAUAUGUGCAAUUAAAUUAGGAUUAUACUAAAUGGAAUAAUUUAAGAGCCUUUAAAAUGAUAAAGGAAUCUGAUUUAAGUGUUUUAGGAUAAUGUUUAUCAGAAUGUUUACACUUAGAACAUUAAGUAAAAUCUUUAAUAAAAAAUUUACAAAAUGAAAUAUCUUAAUUUUAUUUAAAAGUUACCAUUUGCAAUAUUAUAGAAUCAAUGGUUCUUAAGUUGUAUGAUCAUUUUAAUAUUAUUAAUUUAAACUUUGAAAGUGGCAUUCCUGAAAUAGUAGCAGGAGAUAAGAAACUUUUGAUAUUUAUAUUUUAGACUCUACUAACAUCAACAUAAUUUUGUGAUAAAUAAAAAGGUUAAAUGUCUAUCAAAUGUAUAAUUUCACAAAUAAAUUCAGAGAAAGCAGGUUAUGAACUUGAAUUUACUUUUAAUUUUACCUGUACCCCUUCAGUUAUAAAAUUAUAUUCAUAAGUUUUUGGAGUAAAUGAAACUAAAUUAACUCCUAAUGAAGAGUGGCUUAUUCAUUGUUUAAAAUAAUGUAAAUAAUUAAUGAAACAGAAUUAGAAUGAAUUUAAUUUUUAAACAGAUGGUGAUAGUGUUAUAAUUAUAUUCACAUUCUUAAGUUUGAUAUCUAGUAAUAAAUUAGAAUAAAUAUCACAAUUUACAGAUCUUACAUUUUCAAGAAGUGUAUUAGAUGAUUGUCAUUAUUAAUGGAAAGAAAAGGUUCAAAUUCUACCAACAAAAUUUAUUUUAGAUUCAUAAUCUAGAAAGAGUUUACCAACAUCUAAUGAAUAAAAAAAAGAAUCAUCUUAUUCAAGAGCAUCUGUUGUUUUUCCUGAAAUUCGAGAUGAAUUAAUUAUUAUUUUAGAAACUGCAUUAGAAGAUGCAAAAGAUAAAGGCCUUUUAGAUAAAGUUCAUUUUGAUGAUCAAGAUAAUAAUGUUAAAUGUGCAAUAAGUGUAAUAAUUUGAAAAUAUAUUAGGAAUAUGCAGACAGCAUAGCAAAUUCACCUCCAGCUUUUAUUACACCAUAAGUUAGAGCAAGAAAAUUGUAAGAUUUGGCUAAAGAAAAAUUUAAGAAUCUUUUGAAAGAAGCUAAAAAACCUAAAAAAAAAAAGAGGCUUUCUAAAAGGGAUUAUAGAGUAAUAUUUCCAAGAAGAAAUGAUACAACUUGCGAUCCUUAGAAUGGUCCUUGUUAGUUCAAUUUCCAUAACUCAAUCUUAAGUAAUAGAAGUAAUCGAGCUUUUAUCAAAUGGACUCAUAGAUGCAACGUAACUUAACCUCCUAAAACAGUUCAUGAAAUUUUAUGUUAUAUUCCAGAUAUUAAAUUAUCAAAAGACAUUAUUAAAAAUUUUGGAAAUUCAACUUACGAUAAAAUAGAGAUUAAAGAUCCUAUAAUUGUAUUAGACAUAGCUGAUGUUAUAAGACUUUAUAAAUAAUAUUUAUAGCAAGGUAAAUAAUUCUAUUACAUUAUGUUAUUUGUCAAAAAACCUUAAGAAAUUGCUGAUUUUGCUGAUAUCGUUCAAAAAAAUGAAUAAGAUUUGCUUUAAAAAAAUCAAAAAUAUUAAUAAACAUAUUUAAUAGGAAUUACUGAACAAGCAUUGAAACCUUCUCUCUACGCUUACUUAAAAUAUAUAAUUCCAUUUGGUUAAUGGAGCACUGAUAUAAAAUAAAUUAAAGCAUUAAUUGCAAAACAAAGAGAAAUUAAUUGA